CAGAGUCUGAUCAGUGACACAUGGUGGUUCUUGGUGUUGCACCGUCGUCAUCAUGUCGUCUCCAGUGAUCAGUGAAGCCCUCUUAUCCGGUUUCACCAUAACUUCCACCUCCCUUGGCCGCCGCACCCACUUGGUUCAAUCCUUCUCCGUCGUCUUCUUAUACUGGUUCUACGUCUUCUCGUGAAAACAAACACCUUCCAGUUUCACUAUUAUCAUAUACAUAUACAUAUAUACAUACAUACACUCAUACUUUUCUGUGAUCAUCACUGUAAUUGAUCAACAUGGCUGCUGCUGGUGUGAUGAAAUCAACAGAGUCAACUCAGCUCCCGGUGUUGGGUUCAGAUGAUCAUCAUGACUCGGUCUCGAAGAAGCAAAAAAGAAUGAUAUCGAACAGGGAAUCGGCUAGGAGAUCGAGGAUACGCAAGAAGAAACAUGCGGAUGAUCUUAUCGGGCAAGUGAGUCAACUCGUGAGUGACAACAAGUACAUGGCCAUCAACUUGAGAGAUACGACUCGGAUGUUCCUCCAGAUGGACUCUGAGAACUCGGUUCUUAGAGCUCAGUUGGCUGAGUUGACUCACCGUUUUGAAUCACUCAAUGAGAUCAACAAUGGCUUCAACUCACUGAGUGGUUACCAUGAACACUUGUUCUUGCUUCCUUAUAACAACAUGUUGCAUAACGAUCAACAUUUUAGGGUUGACAUGUUUUUGAAUUAAAUCAAACCUUCAAAAUGUAAUUUUAUUG